UACAAGUGCUCCAAUAUGUUUUCUGAACAAAGUUACUCGAGGCUCUUCAGGCCUUGGGACGUGAGUGAUAGUAAGAAGGAUGGACAGUCACGUUGUGAUAUUUCUGGCGACGUAGAAAAUAAGACAACAAAAAGAAAAAUGGACGAAGCAAAAAGGGAAAGUCGACUGCGGAAAAUUCGCGGCACCUUUAGAAAAUCUGAUACGAGUCAUCAAGACGCCACCGUCUCGACUACCACUAGAGAUGGUGAUGAAGACAUAAAGGCUGCACCUAUAACUGAUGUAAAUUCACCUGUUGAAAAAUUAACAUUGUGCUGCGACCGACUUCUACCAGAACCUCCUUUAGAAAAGAAAGAAAAAGUUGAAAGGCCGACGGAGAUCGACAUAAAACCUCAACCUUAUCCGUUGCCACAGAUGUCAGCAUACAGUCCGUCGUUCAUGCAGGAGUACUUACCGACGGCGGACAUAGCGCACGCACUGGGCGUGCCUCCGACGGACCCGCUACUCCUGGAAUCCCUGGCACAAGGUUACGCGAUGGAGCUGGAAUACGCAAGAAUCCUACACCAAGAAAACGAAGCUAAGAUCAACGCUAAAAAGCAGAGACCAAAGAAGUAUAAAUGCCCGCAUUGUCACGUUGGCUUUUCUAACAACGGUCAAUUAAAGGGCCACAUAAGGAUUCACACUGGCGAGAGACCUUACAAAUGUGAUGAGAAGAACUGUGGGAAGACGUUUACGAGGAACGAGGAGUUGACGAGGCAUAAGAGGAUUCAUUCUGGUGUCCGGCCUUAUCCGUGUUCUACGUGCGGGAAGAAGUUUGGUAGGAGAGAUCAUUUGAAGAAACAUACACGGACUCACUUUAUCCAGGCUGAGAGAAUGAUGCCUGUGUUCGUGCCUUUGUCGGCAAUGCCACAUGUGGCUGGCUUCCCAUACUUAUACGGGUACUAGAGCUUCCACUACAGCAUCGCCUAUGUAUUAAACCACGUCAUAUUUUAUUUAUAUGCCAAGUAACAACUACAUAGGUCCUAAGAACGUAUAUGAUCUAAAUGAAUUUUCUAGGUUUAGAUUCUCAAAUAGUUCUUUGUUAACUUGCUUAAGAUUGAACAGAAAAUGAAUUUAUUAAAGUCAAUUUUGUAAAUAAUAUAGUAGAUAGGUAAGUUUGAAUGCAAUGUGAAAGAGUAUCGUAUAAUAGUUUAUUAUUAAUUGUAUUGUAUCAGAAUAUGGCACUUACUAAAAAUACAUUUUUGGAAUAAGCAAUUAUGGCCGUUUAUAUUUAAAAAGUCGCUCAAAAUACAUGUUAUACUAGGUAUAA